GUAAUGGCAGCUUCAGAUCUGCAAGACGAGCUCAGCUGCUCCGUCUGUCUGAAUAUUUAUACGGAUCCGGUAACCCUGCCCUGCGGACAUAACUUCUGCAGGGUCUGUCUGGAGAACGUUCUGGAUUCCCAGGAGAGAUCUGGAGUUUUUAGCUGCCCCGAAUGCAGAGCAGAGCAUCUGGAGCGUCCGGCUCUGCAGAACAACAGAAAACUCCGAAAUAUCGCGGAGCGUUUCCAUGUUAUGUGCCCGGAACCGGAAGGUUCUGAGAGGCUCUGUUCUAACGUCACUCCUGGGAAACCCGUCUCGAUUGCACCCACCUAUCCGGACAGAAAAUGUUUAAUCCAUGAUAAGAUCCUGGAGUAUUAUUGCUUACAGGAUGCCGUCUGUGUCUGUGUGUCUUGCUGCCUGAUCGGAGAGCACAGAGGACAUCAGGUGGAGACGUCUGAAAUGGCCGCUGAGAAGAAGAAGGAGGAACUGAGAGGUUUUUUGGAAAAUCUGAAGUCCGAGAGAGAAGGAAGUGAGAAAAAUGUUCAAAGUUUGGAAGUUUGCAGGAAGGAAAUACAAGAAAAGGCAGACGGCGUAACGGACCGAGUCACUGCCCUGAUCCUGGACAUCAAGGAGCAGGUGGGAACCCUAGAGAGCCGAGUCUUGAGUGAGAUCUCCCGGCAAAAAGAGAUGGCUUUUACCCAGAUCUCAGAUCUCAUCCUGCAGCUGCAGCUCGGGAACGAGGAACUGUCCAAGAAAAUGCGUCAGACGGAGGAGCUGCUAAACUCAGAAAACCCGUUAGACGUCUUAGAAGGACAACAACCCAGCUCAACGAUCUGUGACCACGAGGCGGCCGGUGGUUCGUCCAAUGGACGUGCAGAUAAAGAAGCUUCUGCGCCAAAACACAUUGACGAGAUUUUGAUUUCCAUCAUAUUGGAAAGAGGCCUUCACAACCUGGCUGAUAAUCUGCCUAUUUUACGGGCGAGGAGAGGGUUUUCGGUGGAAGAAGCGUCGGACAUUUUGUUGGAUGUAGACACGGCAGUCACUGAUGUAGCCGUGUCAGAUAACCUGAAGAUUCUCACCACCUGCAGGAGACAUUGGCAUGGCCAGGAGGAAUCCGACAAGUACGCAAUGAGCCAGGUUCUAAGUAAUAAGAGCUUUUCAUCCGGACAGCAUUACUGGGAACUAGAGACCAGCGAAUGGGGCAACUGGAGAAUCGGUGUGGCUUACAUUGGUGACAAAAUGCAAGGGCUUUAUUACCGAAUCGGGUCAAAUGAUAAGUCGUGGUGCCUGUGGAAGUGGAAUAGGUUUUCUUCCUUAAGACACAAUGCAGAACAAAAAUACGUUCACCUGGAGCCCUCCACGCACAGGUACGGGAUAUUCCUGGAUUACGAGGCCGGCCAGCUCUCCUUUUACCAGCUUUGUGACCCCAUCAGACACUUACACACCUUCACGGCCAAAUUCACCGAACCUCUUUACGCAGCAUUCCAUGUUUAUAUGGAUGGCUGGCUCCGAAUCUGUAGCUAGCAAUAGAGGUCAAAUUUCUGUAAAUAACCCUUUUCUGGAAUAUAAAUCGAUUAAGUAUCGAUAUUGACCAUUAAAUUAUCCCGUGAAUAAGAUUUCUCUAAAAAGUCUGCGAAAACUGUUUUUUUUUAUGGUUUCAUACUAAAAUCUCAACUUUUGCUUUCAUGCAAUUCUAUAAUUUUGGUGGGUUUUUUUAACGGAAUCGAUAUAUAUCUGUGAAAUACACGUUUUUAAUCCAUAUACGAUAUGUAUGGAGAUAGAUAGAUAUAAUAUGGCGAUAAAAAAAAUUAAAAAUAUAAUUGUUGGGGGAAAAUAUGCACGUAUUUUUCUUUUUUUGGUGAUAUUUGCCAGAUUUAAUUAAAUUCUAUGUGAGAAAAUAUAAAUCCACUCUAGUUAUUAAAAUCCAGACCGCUGUGGUCUCCGCAGUACGUUACAUAAAUUCUGCUGACCCGGCCCUGAUGAUAAAUGAUAAAGGUAAAAGGCGUUCCUCCCCAGCAGGAGAUUUUUAGGGAGCAUUAAUAUAUCUACUACAGCACCGCAACCUCCACAUUCUUUUGUUGCUAUUUUUUAUGCAUUAAAAUAUAUUAAUAGCUCAAAAAGAUGA